AAAAUACAUGUUUAUAUUUGUAUAAAGUAUACUAGCACGGUGGAAAACUUACUCGAAUCCAUGAAUUCUCUUGCGAUUAAACCACCACAGUCUGUAUCAUAUAACACAAUAACAUCAAUUUUGCGCGAAAACACUCGUUUAAAUUUCAACCAAUUACAACAAAUCAAUACUCAACUUCACACUCUUGGCCUUCUUUCUUCAGCGGCCAUUUUAACUCACUUCAUUUCAUCUGCAUAUAUAUCACAUAAUAUAUAUUAUGCUUUACAUUUCUUGAAACACUUGCCAUGUUCAGAUUCUAUACCUUCUUUAUGGAAUUCAUUUAUUGGGUUAUCACUGAAAUCACAUAAUUAUGGGCAUGUUAUGUGUGUGUAUACUGAGAUGAGAUUGAGUAAUGUAGUGCCUAGUUUGAAUACUUUUUCGUCGAUUUUGAGGUGUUGUGCUGGUUUGGGGAAGACCCAGAUGGGGAAAUCGUUUCAUUGUCAGUUGGUGAAGUGGGGUUUUGUGAAUGAUGUUGUUCAGCAAACUGGGUUGCUUGAUUUUUAUGGGAAAGUUGGGGAUUUGAGGAGUGCGAGGAAGGUGUUUGAUGAAAUGUCUGGGAGAGAUGUUGUGGCGAAUAAUGCGAUGAUUUCGGUUUUGGGGAAGUUCGGGUGUGUGGAGGAGGCUGGUGAGGUGUUUGAGAGAAUGGGUGAGAGGAAUUCGUGUUCUUGGAAUUCGAUGAUCACGUGUUAUUGUAAAGCGGGGGAUGUUAGGUCGGGUAGGUUGUUGUUUGAUGAGAGUCCGGUUAAGGAUGUUGUGUCGUGGAAUGCAAUGAUUGAUGGGUAUUGUAGAAUGGGGUUUAUUAGAGAUGCUGAGGAUUUGUUUUUUCAGAUGGGGGGAUUGAGGAAUUCUAUUACGUGGAAUACUAUGAUUUCCGGAUUUGUUCAGCACCGGGAUUUUAAUAGUGCGAUUCGUAUGUUUCAGCAAAUGCAAGCUGAUGGCGUGAGGGCUACGGAGGUAACAAUGGUUAGUUUGUUAUCUGCAUGUGCUCAUCUUGGAGCUCUAGAUAUGGGUGAAUGGAUUCAUAAUUACAUCAAGCGGAAAAGACUUAGAAUUGAUGUUGUUCUGGGAAAUGCCCUUUUAGAUAUGUACUGUAAGUGUGGGAGUAUAGAAGCUGCUUUAAAUGUAUUCCAUAACCUUGAUGUGAAGAAUAUCUUUUGCUGGAAUUCUAUUGUUGUUGGAUUAGGAAUGCAUGGCUACGGUGAGGAAGCUAUAUCUGUUUUCGAAUCCAUGGAGAAGGAGGGGAUACGUGCAGACGGAGUCAGCUUUGUUGGCCUCCUGUGUGCCUGUAGCCAUUCAGGCAUGAUUGGUGAAGGGAGAAGAUACUUCUCAAUAAUGCGUAGUAGAUACGAUGUUGAGCCUGGGAUUGAGCAUUAUGGUUGCAUGGUAGAUCUCCUUGGUCGAGCAGGGUUUCUUGAAGAAGCACUAAAACUAAUAGGUAGCAUGCCCAUGAAGCCAAAUGCUGUUGUGUGGGGGAGCUUACUCCGAGCAUGUCAGAUUCAUAAGAAUACCAAUAUCGGUGAGCAAGUCACACAGCAUCUCCUGGAGUUGGACCCUGGUGAUGGAGGUAAUUAUGUGUUUCUGUCCAAUCUAUUCGCAUCAUUAAAUCGUUGGAAGGACGUAAACACAUGCCGUCAAUUGAUGCUAGAGAGAGGUGUCCGUAAAACACCUGGAUGCAGUUCAAUUGAGGUGGACAAUAUAGUUCACGAGUUUGUGGUAGGAGACAGUUCACAUCCACAAUUCGAACAAAUUAAUUUAUUUUUAGAUGAAAUUGCAAAAGAACUAGAAAGACAUGGGCAUGAGCCGGAUAAGACUUCUGUGCUCCAUGAUAUUGAGGAUGAGGAGAAGGAAAGAGCAGUUAGAUAUCAUAGUGAGAGAAUUGCUGUUGCUUUUGGACUAAUGAACACACCUCCAGGAAAAGCUAUCCGAGUGGUGAAGAACCUUCGAACAUGUAAUGAUUGUCAUUCUGCUAUAAAGCUCAUUUCACGGAUAUUUGAACGGGAUAUAAUUGUAAGGGAUCGGAACCGCUUUCACCUCUUUAGGGAUGGAUUCUGUUCCUGUAAAGAUUACUGGUGAUUGAUGGAACAAGAACCCUGUAAAUGGUUUAUACCCAUAUAGGGGUAGAAAGUUGUCUAAAAUGGAACCGCCCAAAUAAUUCUCAAAGAACAAAAACUUCUCUGAUUCCACCCAUCACCUUUUGCACCUUACAUGCUGAUGAGCAAUCUGACAACGGCUCUGUUUGGCGUACCUUAAUUUUCAGAAACAAGUCACUUUUUUGCAGAAAAAGCUAUUGCUACAGUGGUGACUGUUGCUGAAUUAAAAAGAACUAGGCCUUGAGAAUGGGCUCAUGGAUGAUGCCUUGUAACGAGGUUUGGGCCAAAGCAGACUCAAGAAUUUGAGAUCUUUUUAAAUCUGUUUAUUGUAUACAGCGAUCUGGACCCUGACCGUUAACAUGAGAACCUGUGGUGAGGCCAAUUUUUAGCAAAGACAAGGAUGCAAAUGCAUCCAUCACGAACGUUGAUGUUUAAGGAUCAUAUCAUAAACUACUAUUGCAAUAUUAUGCAAGUCGGGACUUCGUUUCUACCCUAAAGUGACACCAUACAUUGUUUUGACA